AUGUUCUCCAUCCAGGACGGACUGCCGCGGGGGGCGCUGACCAUGAAGGAGGAGCCGCUGCCCACGGGCAUGACCCCGGUGCGCGGCUGGAUGCAGAGCACGGGGAUCCUGGACGCCAACACCGCGGCGCAGAGCGGUGUAGGUCUGGCCCGCGCUCACUUCGAGAAGCAGCCUCCUUCAAACCUGAGAAAGUCCAACUUCUUCCACUUCGUCCUGGCGCUUUACGACCGUCAGGGCCAACCCGUGGAGAUCGAGAGGACCUCCUACGUGGACUUCGUGGAGAAAGACAAGGAAUACAACGGAGAAAAGACCAACAACGGGAUCCACUACAGACUGCAGCUCCUCUACAGCAACGGAAUCAGAACAGAACAGGACCUGUACGUGCGGCUCAUCGACUCCAUGACCAAACAGCCGAUUCUGUACGAAGGUCAAGACAAGAACCCAGAGAUGUGCAGAGUCCUGCUCACCCACGAAAUCAUGUGCAGCCGGUGUUGUGAUAAGAAAAGUUGUGGGAAUCGUAACGAGACGCCGUCAGACCCCGUCAUCAUCGACCGGUUUUUCCUCAAGUUCUUCCUCAAGUGUAACCAGAACUGCCUGAAGAACGCCGGCAACCCCCGAGACAUGAGACGCUUCCAGGUGGUGGUGUCCACUACAGUGAACGUGGAUGGACACGUUCUCUCCGUCUCUGACAACAUGUUUGUCCACAACAACUCCAAACAUGGACGCCGCGCUCGCCGCCUCGACCCCUCAGAAGGUAACUCACUGUCCUGGUUUAGACCUGCAGCCACUCCGUGCAUUAAAGCGAUCAGCCCGAGCGAGGGCUGGACCACAGGGGGCGCUACGGUCAUCCUCAUCGGGGACAACUUCUUCGACGGACUGCAGGUCGUGUUCGGGACCAUGCUGGUGUGGAGCGAGUUGAUCACGCCUCAUGCGAUCCGGGUGCAGACUCCUCCUCGUCACAUCCCUGGUGUGGUGGAGGUCACCCUGUCCUACAAAUCCAAACAGUUCUGCAAAGGAGCUCCAGGCAGAUUUCUGUGUGCAGCUCUGAAUGAACCGACCAUCGACUACGGCUUCCAGAGGCUACAGAAGGUCAUCCCCCGCCACCCCGGGGACCCCGAGAGGUUACCCAAGGAGGUUCUGCUGAAGAGAGCGGCCGACCUGGUGGAGGCGCUCUACGGCAUGCCCCACAACAACCAGGAGCUGAUCCUGAAGCGUGCCGCUGACCUCACGGAGGCGCUGUACUCGGUUCCUCGUGGUCAUAACCAGCUGCCGUCGCUCGGGUCGCAGCCCCACGGCAUGAUGGGAGUCAACUCCUUCAGCUCGCAGCUCGCCGUCAACAUCUCGGAGGCCUCGCAAGAGCAGGGAUAUUCCCGCACUUCCAGCUCCGUGUCUCCGCGCGGAUACGCCCCCAGCUCCACCCCCCAGCAGUCCAACUACAACACCAUCACUUCCUCCAUGAACGGAUACGGAUCAGGCAUGACCAACCUGCCCGUGCCCGCCUCGCCCUCCUUCCUCAACGGAGCCACAGGAAACUCCGCCUACGCCAGUAAGUCCCGCCCACAUGCGCCCGCGUACGCCACCUUCAGCGAGAGCCUCAGUCAGUUUUGUUCUGGUUUAGUCUUCUGGUUUAAUCCGGCAGGCUCAUGCUCAUGUCCUGUGUACUCCACAGUCAAACAGAAGAGCGCCUUCGCCCCCGUCGUGAGGCCUCAGAACUCCCCGCCCCCAAACUGCACCUCCACCAAUGGCAGCAGCCUGCAGGCGAUGGCCGGUCUGAUCGUGCCCCCCAUGUGA